AUGCUCUACAGUAUUGUUGCCGGGUACCUUGCUCUGGGGUCGAGUUUACACGCCGUUGCGGCGGACCCCUAUACCAUUACCGGUAUCAAGACUCAAUCCAACAAUAUUCCUAUCCGGCGCAACAUCAAUGACCUUGCCUCUGAAGCUGGACCUCAAUGGGAUCUAUAUAUCCAGGCGCUUGCGUCGAUGCAGAAAGUCGACUCUGCCGAUCCGUUAUCCUUUUUCCAAGUUGGCGGAAUUCAUGGAGAACCAGCCUAUGAGUGGAAUAAUACGGGUCAGAGACUUAAUGAUGACGACGGCUGGUCAGGUUACUGCCCCCAUGGGGAAGGGAUUUUUAUGUCUUGGCACCGACCCUACCUUCUGCUCCAUGAGCAAGUCCUUGUCAAACACGCUCGCAAAAUUGCAGCAGAAUAUACGGGGAGCAAACGAAAGAGGUAUAUAAAAGCUGCGGCAUUGCUCCGAACCCCGUUCUGGGACUGGGCCGAUAUCCCCCAUGUUCCCAACUCAACUGUCCCGGGGACCAUGACCAUCAACACGCCCCGAGGCCGCAAGGAAGUCCGCAACCCUCUAGCGAGAUACUCCUUUCCCCAGGACGCCCUUGAUGGCAAUUUCGGUACCUUCCAGCCUGAUCCUAACAAGAAGAUUACACGCUGCCCGCCUCCCCAGAAUUACCCGGAAACAGCGAAUCAGAACCUGGAGGCAAUCAACUUGCGGGAGUCUGUGUACCACGCCUUCGUCUUCUCCAAGACGUUUGAGGACUUUGGCACUACUAUGGGAUCUGGAACUAGCGUUGAACAGGCGCAUAACCACGUACAUAACUCUGCAGCUUGCGGAGAGCAGCUUCUAGACCUUGCAUAUUCAGCCUUUGAUCCUCUUUUUAUGCUACAUCACGCCAACAUCGAUCGGCUUUGGGCCCUUUGGCAGGCCGCGCACCCAGACAUGCCUGGCCUAUCUAUCUCUUACCCUGGCGGGGAGCGAUUUACAACCCCUGCGGGCACCACGAUCGGGCCCAACUCCCCGCUGGCCCCCUUUUAUAGAAAGGGCUGGCACCAGCAUACGUCCAACUCUGUGCUGUCCACCCACAAAUACGGAUACACGUAUGAGGGCGCCGAGAAGAAGACCCAGCAUUUGGACCAGAAGCGACAGUAUAGAGAUGGUGACGAUCAGUCUGAGUCCACUAUGUCUGAUACGUUGACGGGCUACUCGGAGAAGCAUAAGCGACGAGCCGUAGCCUUUAUCAACAAGCUCUACUCGAGCAGGGACCACGAUAAAGAGAGGAUCGUCUAUCAGGCUCACAUUAGGUACAGGGUCGAGGAUCUCGAGCGGCCAGCAAGAGUCAAGGUGUACUUCUGCAACUCGUACGUGGGCUACUUUGUUGCUCUUAAACACCCGAAGCGAGGACCCUCCGCGGCAACUAUUCACCUCAACAGGGCACUCGAGGCCUGCGCCCGCGCCGGCAUCAAGCCUAGCCAGUAUAGAAACGAAAUCAGCGCUUCUAUUCAUACGCAUAGCGGCAAAGAUAUCCCUAUUUCUAGGGUUAGGAGCAUGAAGCUGGAAUUAGAACGAUUUGACGAGAUUCCUGCCAAGUCGAAGGGCGAGUUUCCCACGAUCCUCAAUCGGCGCGUGACCCCGGGCAAGCUUAAGGAGUACCAGCCACGUAAACAGUCUCAAGCUGCACACCAUAUCGACUACAAGGAGUAA